AUGCGAGUACAGGAUUUAGCAGAGGAAUUGGCAAACACUCGUGCUGAAAUUCAUCAGCAUAUCAACCAAUUGACAGAAGCAAUGGAAACUCGUCUUACAAAUUUUUUCGAGUUACGUUUUAAUGCCAUUGAUUCUCGAAUUCGCGAUUUUCCGUCACCGACUAUACCUCCUCCUCCUCCGGUGAAUCACAACCACCAACAACCGAAUAUGAAUGGUGCUGGCCACGAGCAACGCAUCGCCUUGCGUUCCAUUAAAAUGGAGAUUCCAUUAUUUGAAGGCAAGAACCCUCAUUUAUGGAUCUUUAAAUGUGAGAUGUUCUUUAGGAUCCAACAAAUUCCUGAGGAACUGAAGGUCGAACUUGCUGGCUUACGAAUGGAGGGAGCAGCAGCUUCAUGGUUUCAAUGGAUCCAUAAUAGUGGUACGGUUCAACACUGGGAUCAGUUCACCUUAGUCGUUCGUCAGCGUUUUGGUGGUGAUUCGUACACUGACAUGCGUGGUGCACUUUCCAAGUUAUCACAGGUUGGCUCUUUGACAGAUUAUGUGCGCGAUUUCGAAAUCUUGAUGAACCAGGUCCCUGGUUUACCUGAUGAUCUGCUCUUGAGUUUUUUUGCAUCCGGAUUGAGUCUUGAGCUUCGACGUGUGAUUCAAUUACAUGAACCCAAGACCUUGCAUCAAGCAAUACAAUUGGCGUUCACGUAUGAUGCUCAUCAUCGUGAUCUACGUUCUUCUUUUUCUAAUCCCGCACGAAAGUCCAACUCGCGUUACGUUCCUUCACCUUCACCACAAUCAGUAUCAACAGUUGAUGGUCCAACUCAUGUUGCACCAACAGCAAAUUCCUUGACAGUCAAGCGAUUACCACCUGAAGAAGCCAAGAAACGAAGAGAGCUUGGCCUAUGCUUUUCUUGUGAAGAAAAAUGGUCCAUAGGUCAUCGUUGCAAAUCAAAAAUGCUCUUGUUAAUUGGUGAUGGGGAUGAUCAGGAUGUUGAGCCUGAUGAGGAAAUAGUGUGGCAGUCGAAUGAGAUGCCUCAAACGUUACAAGAAGCAGCACUCAAUGCCCUUUCAAUGAGUUCAAUGUCGAAAUUGCUGCAGUUCAUCGCGCGUGUAGGCACGGGUGAUGUUAGGGUUAUGGUGGAUUCUGGUAGCUCCCAUAAUUUCAUCCAGAAACAUGUAGCUAUUCAGUUGGGACUUCCAAUAUCCCAAUCUCGUAGCAUGAAGGUAAUUCUUGGUAAUGGUGAAUUUAUGUUGUGCAAUAUGAAAUGUUUGGCUGUUUCAUUACAAAUUCAAAGUUUCAAAUGCUGUGUUGAUCUUUGGAUUUUGGAUCUUAAAGAUUUGCAUAUUAUUCUGGGUAUGCCAUGGCUUGAAUCAUUGGGCAAGGUUGUACAUAAUUAUGUUGAUCUGUCUAUGGAAUUUUCUCACAAUGGCCAAGUGGUGCAGUUAAAGGCCAUUACAGACGCUAAGUCUUUUAAUUCCAAUUGCCUCUCAUUGGUUUCUGAGGAAUCUGCAGCAGAUCAUAUCUCAGAUGAGAUUAUGAAUUUGAAAACCUUGGUACAGCAGGACAUUUGGCAGGUUAUAGCCAAGUUUCAUUCGGUUUUUUCCAUCCCUCAAUCACUGCCGCCUUUUCAGAGUAUUGACCAUUCCAUCCACUUGAUUGAGAACUCCAAACCGGUAAAUGUGAAACCAUACCGUUAUGGCCAUUCCCAGAAAGCUGAAAUUGAGAAACAAGUCCAGGGUUUGUUGGCUGCUGGUUAUAUACGCUCAAGCACCAGUCCCUACUCAUCCCCUGUUUUACUGGUGAAGAAGAGUGAUGGCUCUUGGCGUAUGUGCAUCGACUACAGAGCACUUAACGCCAUAACAAUUCGAGACUGCUUCCCUAUCCCAACAAUAGACGAGCUGUUGGACGAACUUUGCCAUGCCUCCAUCUUCUCGAAGCUUGACCUACGCGCAGGGUAUCAUUAG